AUGGGGAUAUCGCACGUGAAGGUUGCUGUUGGAACUCCACGUGCAAAUGGGCAAGUCGAACGAGAAAACCGUAAUGUAUUGAAUGCCGUACGCUGUAUGGUACAGAAUAACGAUAAGUCAUGGGAUAAACAUCUCCGAAUGAUCCAGUGGGGACUAAACACCUUGAUCAACGAUUCGACCAAGGUGUCUCCUCAUAUGUUGCUCUUCACCUAUAAUCCACGAGAUAUAAUGCAGAAUCAACUUCUGAUGAUGUUUACUGCUGAGAUCCCGAACACCGACACAGAUGCUCUAAAGCAAGCAGUAAGUUCCCGAAUCAAAAAAAGGCAGCAACAACAAAAUGAUUACUUCGACAAGAUGAGACGUCCGGCACGGAAAUAUUUUGAAGGAGUGCAGCUCAAACAAAAGAAAACAUCUACCAUCUUCGCGGCUGAUCGAAUGAAGCCAUGGGCCGUGAACGCUUCAGUCGAAGACAGUGAUGAGGAUUACCAGAGUUCCGAUGAUUUGGACACAUAA